AAGGGGGACGAGCUCGACUGUUACAAAAAUUUCAAUUCGCGUACUCCCUUCAUUCUAAAGGCUCACUCUUCCUCCUACCGAUCAUCCCCUCUCCCCUCUCUCCCUUCCUCUCUCGAACCUUCAUCAUUCACCCCUCCUCAAUGAUCCCAGCUUCGAUCUGAUCUUGGUCUCCGGAGGCAAUCCAUCUUCGUCCCGGAGGCGAUGCGAUCUGGGCUAGGUGCUCCGAUCCGCCGCCGGUGAGUUCGCUAACGGUUCUCACGUCGGAACUCGAUCACUCACCCUUCUUCUCUUGUGCCCUGAUCUAAAGAUCGUUGCUUCACCCGGGUGGAUUGCACCAAUGAGCAAUGCAGAGAUCACGUAGAGCUCUUCUCCAAAGAAGAGCUGCUCUGGAGAAGAACGUCAUUGCAGGGAGGAAAAACCUGUACAAGGUGUCUUUGUCUGUGGUUAUCCUUUCGUGGGUGCUCUUGUUCCUCCUCAAUUCCUUGAUCAGCAAUGGCAAUGGCUCUACAGAUGGAAUGGGUGCUGUUGUUGGUGUAUUUAGCUGGUAUGAAGCUCCCCCAGAUCCAGAUGAUAGCAUAGAUUCUAGGGAUGAUGGGGCACAAUCAGAUGCUAAUUCUGAUAACAAUGUUCAAGAAAGCUCCAAUUCAGAGAGCGAGUCUGUAGGGAGUAGCACAGAAGUUUUAGUUAAUAAAGAUGAUAAAGUAUGUUUAUCAGCUUUUGGAAAAGAACAGGUAGCUGAGGUAGUCUCUGAAUCAGACAUCAAGGUGGACAAUGAAGCUCCUCUAAAAGGUGAUAGAUUAUCCCAUAUUGCUCCUCCUGGUCUUGAUGAGUUUAAAAGCAAAGUAAUCACUGUAAAAGAGAAGCCAGUUUCCAGCCAAGCAGGCUGUGUCAUUCACCGAGUUGAGCCUGGUGGGAAAGAGUAUAAUUAUGCUUCUGCUACUAAGGGUGCCAAGGUCUUAGAUUUUAACAAGGAAGCAAAAGGUGCUUCCAACAUCUUAGACAAAGAUAAGGACAGGUAUCUCCGAAAUCCAUGCUCUGCAGAGAAAUUUGUUGUUGUAGAGCUUUCAGAAGAAACAUUAGUUGAUACCAUUGAACUAGCAAAUUUUGAGCGCUACUCUUCUAAUUUGAAAGAUUUUGAACUGCUGAGUAGUUUAAUUUAUCCAUCUGACAAUUGGGUCAAUCUUGGUAAUUUUACUGCUGAGAAUGUGAAACAUGCCCAGAGGUUUUCUCUUCCAGAACCAAAGUGGGCGAGGUAUCUAAAACUCAAUUUGCUCAGCCAUUAUGGUUCAGAGUUCUACUGUACACUAAGUGUGGUGGAGGUGUAUGGAGUGGAUGCAGUUGAGAGGAUGCUGGAGGAUUUGAUCUCUGUUGAUAACAAACUGUUGGAGCCUGAAAAGCAUUAUGCUGAACAAAAACCACUUAAAGAACUGACUGAUAGAGAUGAUACCCAUGAAGAACUUACUACAGGAAUUGAUGAUGAAUCACAAUCUGAAAGUCCAAUGACAAAACAGGAGUCAUUGCAAAACAAUGUGCCUGAUCCAUUGGUUAAGACAAGGCCACCACAAUUUGAUCAAAAAAAGGAGACAAAGCCUCUGCAAGUUGGAAGGAUGCCUGGAGAUGCUGUUCUCAAGGUACUAAUGCAGAAAGUCCAGUUCCUUGACAUUAAUUUUUCUGUUUUGGAGAAGUACCUUGAGGAGUUGAACAGCGGAUAUGGGCACAUUUUUAAAGAAUUUGAUGAUGAUAUUGCUGAGAUGGAUCAGCUUCUGGAGAAAAUCAAAUUAGAGAUAGAGAAUCUUCAAAACAGCAAAGAUGAUUUUGCCGAUAACAUUGGAGAGCUGCUCACAUGGAAAAUCCUUGUUUCCUCUCAAGUGGACCAGUUGGUCAGAAAUAGUGCAAUGCUCAGAUUAGAGAUUGAAAGGGUUCGAGACCAUCAGUUUGACAUCGAGAGCAGGUGUCUCACCGUGACAUUCAUAAGUUUAGUAUUUGGGUGUUUAGCAGCUGCAAAGUUGGUUAUAGGUAUGCUUUCAAGUGUUUGUAAAAUACAUCAUUCUGAAAAGUUUUGUAGCACAACCUUUUGCUGGCUCAUCUUGCUUGUGAGCAGUAACAUUAUGGCUUCCAUCCUGGUGUAAUAAUAAUCAUAUGCAAUAAAGUUUCCUAUAAUUUCAGCAA